GCGGGGCGCAGCCGAGACACCAAAAUUUUAGUACUUGGAGCAUUUACCAAGUUAUUUUUUUUAACGUGUCCCACGCAGCUGCAGAGAAAAUCCCUCCGCGUUUCCGGACAGAGGGCUGGGGGGCAAAAUUGGAUCUAGACAUGGAUUUAAAUGCUAUUACCAAAUUCUCAGCAUUACAUGCCAAGCCAGAUGGACUCAUUCUUCAAUAUGGUACUGCUGGAUUUCGAACAAAGGCAAACUGUCUUGAUCAUGUCAUGUAUCGAAUGGGAUUGUUGGCUGUCCUGAGGUCAAAACAGACAAAGUCUACUAUAGGGGUUAUGGUCACAGCAUCACACAAUCCUGAGGAAGACAAUGGUGUGAAGUUGAUUGAUCCUUUGGGAGAAAUGUUGGCUCCAUCCUGGGAAGAACAUGCCACCUGUUUGGCAAAUGCUGAGGAACAAAAUGUACAAGCUGUCCUGACAGAAAUCUGUCAUCGAGAAGCUGUGAACCAGCAAGAGAAAGCUAUGAUAAUUAUUGGCAGAGAUACCAGGCCUAGCAGUGAGAAACUUUCACAGUCUGUAAUUGAUGGAGUAACUGCUUUAGGAGGCCAGUACCAUGAUUAUGGCCUAGUAACAACACCUCAACUUCACUACCUGGUGUGCUGUCAAAAUACUAAUGGGCAAUAUGGGAAGGCAACUGUGGAAGGCUACUACCAGAAACUCUCCAAGGCCUUUGUGGAUCUUACAAAACAGACUUUUAGCAGUGGCAAUGAAUCUAGAGCUUUGAAAAUUGACUGUGCAAGUGGUAUAGGAGCCUUGAAACUGAAGGAAAUGGAACACUAUCUUCCACGAGAAUUAUCAUUUCACAUCUUUAAUGAUGGAACCAAAGGGAAACUCAAUCACUUGUGUGGGGCUGAUUUUGUGAAAAGUCAUCAGAAACUUCCACUGGGAAUAGAAGUAAAGCCCAAUGAGAGAUGCUGUUCCUUUGAUGGAGACGCAGACAGAAUUGUUUACUACUAUAGUGAUGCUGAUGGCCAUUUCCAUCUUAUAGAUGGAGACAAAAUAGCAACUCUGAUUAGCAGCUUUCUUAAAGAGCUUCUUUUGGAGGUUGGAGAAAAUCUGAAGAUUGGUGUUGUACAAACGGCAUAUGCUAAUGGGAGUUCAACACAGUAUCUAGAAGAAAUCAUGAAGGUACCUGUUCAUUGUACAAAAACAGGAGUAAAACAUUUACACCACAAAGCUCAAGAGUUUGACAUAGGAGUUUAUUUUGAAGCAAAUGGCCAUGGCACAGUACUUUUUAGUAAGACUGCUGAAACAAAAAUAAGGCAACUAGCGAAAAAGGAAACGAAUGAUGAAAAAAAAAGAAAAGCUGCGAUGAUGCUUGAAAAUGUUAUUGAUUUGAUUAAUCAAACAGUUGGUGAUGCCAUUUCAGACAUGUUAUUAGUUGAAGCAAUCUUGGUUCUAAAAGGCCUAUCGGUACAACAGUGGGAUGCUAUUUAUACUGAUCUUCCAAAUCGGCAACUUAAAGUCAUGGUUGCAAAUAGGCAAGUAAUUGAUACUACAGAUGCUGAGAGACGAGCAGUUACACCUGUAGGACUACAAGAGGCAAUUGACGACCUAGUGAAGAAGUAUAGGUCCUCACGAGCUUUUGUCAGGCCCUCUGGAACAGAAGAUGUCGUCAGAGUAUAUGCAGAAGCAGAUUCACAGGAAAAUGCAGAUAAACUUGCAACUGAAGUAAGCUUGGCAGUAUUUCAGCUGGCUGGAGGAGUAGGAGAAAGACCUAAACUGGUUUUCUGAAGAAAAGUAUGGCUCAUUUUUUCAAAAGUAUGAAAUAAAAAUAAGUGCCAUUAUUAUCUAAAGAUAAUGAUUGGAAGUAUUUUUUAAUUUCCCAUGUCAUCAAUCAAUCAACUGAAAUAAAACAUUCCAUUAAUUUUCAAAAUAAA